CGUCCCGUCAUACCUCGCGUGGCCAACGGCUCUCCGCCGACUGUUCGCUCAUUGAAUUACCGUGUUCAGCCUGUUCGGCUUGAUUUGCGGCAAUAAAUUGGAGAAACGCGGGUUACACCAGCACAUUUGAACGCCGUCGCGCUAUCCCGGCCUUCUGCUUAUCUGACUGGGCGUGCUUUCCUGGGCUCGCUGGCUGGAUUUGGUCGGGGAGGCAGGGGGAAGUACGGAGCUGGUCCCGAGUGAUGAUGGAGCUGGAGUCGGCCAGUAACAGAGGCGACCUGGUAGCUGUGGGAGACUCGCUGCAGCCGCAGACCCCGAGCAGGCACGAAAAGAGCCUGGGGCUGCUCACGACCAAGUUUGUGACUUUACUACAGGAGGCGAAGGACGGGGUGCUGGACCUAAAAGCUGCGGCAGACACCUUGGCUGUGCGUCAGAAACGGCGUAUCUAUGACAUCACUAACGUGCUGGAAGGUAUUGGACUGAUAGAGAAGAAGUCCAAGAAUAGUAUUCAAUGGAAGGGUGUUGGUCCAGGGUGCAACACCAGAGAGAUAGCCGAUAAGCUGAUUGAUCUGAAGGCGGAGCUCGAUGACCUGGCCCUCCGGGAACACGAGCUGGACCAGCAGAGAGUCUGGGUCCAGCAAAGCAUCAAGAACGUGACAGAUGACUCCAACAACAGCCCUAUGGCCUAUGUAAAACACGAAGAUCUCUGCGGAGCAUUUAAAGGUGACACUCUCCUCGCCAUCCGUGCUCCAAUAGGCACGCAGCUAGAGGUGCCCAUACCAGAAUCUGUUCUCAACGGCCAGCGAAAAUACCAGAUCCGUCUUAAAAGUACAUCUGGUCCCAUUGAAGUUUUAUUGGUCAAUAAAGACCCCUCCAGUGCCUCCCCCGUUGUUUUGCCCGUUCCUCCUCCAGAUGACGUCCUGCAGAACCUCCCAGCUCCAACACCUACCUCCCAGGUGCCCACUGCCACCACACAGGUCCCUAAAACAGCUGUUGCUCCUCCCACAAAAACAGCUCCUAUCACAUCGGCCAUCCAGACAGCAACGGAGGUGACGGCCACCGCAGCGCUCAGCCCAACAACCGAAACGCCCGCUGCAGUUACUCAGCAGCUGCAGUCGUCCGCCUCUCUGGACGGCCCCGCGGCGUCUUCUGCCUCUGCAGGAUUCGAACCAAUGAAGUCGGGUCCAUCUGAGUUGCUCGACUUCUCUGAAAUGUUUGACCCAACAAAAGAGAUCAUGAGUGGUGACCUGCUAGAGGACUUGAUGUCAUCAGAAGGUAUGUUUGCUCACAGACGAGCUGGAAUAUUUGUAUUUUUCAGGUAUUCCCAGAAAGAUUCCAAAGUGGAGCGUUUGUGCAGGAAAAUCGUAGCCAGAACGUGUUUGGGCUCAUUUGGAUGAAAGAACCAGUUGAGCUCGACUGUUGAGAUGACUCUACAAAUAUCUGCGUUCUGU